AUGACUUCCUUCCUCAAAAAACAACAAAAAAUUAUCUUUGGUUUAUUUGAAAUUAUAAAACAUCUUGAUUAUAACAUUCACGAAGUUCAAUAUAGGUCACAAGAAGUAGUAAUUCCAGAUCUGGCAUAUCAAAAAUGCCUCAAAAUUAUACUGGCACUAUUUCCAAUCUCUGAAAAGACAUUGAUAUCCUGUUCAAAAAAAAGAAAACACACAAAAAGCAGUCUAUGGCAAGUUGGUGUCACCUUGGAAGAAUAUGAAGAGCGUUUGGAUAAGUUUAACAUCUGUGAAUAUUCGGAAUGGAUUAAUGGUGAUGUUAUAGUUUAUGAACUUCCGUCAAAGCCACACUCAGUUCUUAUUGCUGCGAUUACUUCAGAAAUAAUAAAAAAAUGCCUUCUUCCUUAUGUUUGUGAUAUCAAACGAAUCUUUGUUCUUCUUAAGGAACUUGUGCCAAUGAUUCUAAGAAAGAAGGGAAUGCAUGCUUCCACCCUAAAAAGCUAUGAAUGCAACAACCAAAUGGAAGAUGAGCCCUGGCCUAAUCUUAUUAUUGAAGUGGCAUAUUCUAAAAAUGAAUCAUAUAUUCUUGAAAAAGUAAAAGAUUUCUGGCUACGCAAUUGGAGUCAUGCCCAAAACGUGAUAGUGGUUAAGAUUGAUAAACCAUUUGAAGCAAAGCAUGCUCCUUUAUGGAUACAAGGACAGACCCAGAAGAACAGCUGA